AUCAAUAACGCGACAUGCCUUCUGCACUGAUUCUCAUCGCGGACGGGACGGAGGAAAUGGAAUUUACCAUUGUGUAUGAUACUCUCGUUCGUGCCGACGUAAAGUGUGUCUCUGCAUACGUCUCGCCGACAUCCGCCGCGACGAUCCCCGAAGGAACGGAACAGAAUCCUCCGUUCGUCAGAUGCUCGCGCGGGGUGUGCAUCCAGCCCGAUAUUUAUUUCACGCAUAAAGCUACGACAUCUAACGAUUAUGAUGUCCUCGUUAUUCCGGGUGGCGCGAAAGGAGCAGAGACAAUGGCUGGAUUCUCCGCCGUUCAGACUGUCGUCAAAGAAUUCUACAAUAACAAAAAACUAGUUGCUAUGAUUUGUGCUGGAAGCCUCGCAGCUCUGAGCUCUGAGCUCCCGUCCCAGCCCCUGACGUCCCACCCCUCCGUCAAAUCUGAACUUGAUCAAAAAUUCAAGUACAGCGAAGACUCUGUCGUCGUUUCUAACAACCUCAUCACAAGCCGAGGUCCAGGAACUGCAUUCCCCUUCGCACUGACUAUCGUUGAACUGCUCUGUGGCAAGGAGAAACGAGAACAAGUGCGGGGACCUAUGAUUUUCCCGGCGGGCACGCCCUUCUGAGUGUCUGAAGUAGAGCUCGCAGGGCGCCCAGAAAUAUUCACGCCUGUACUUGAAACCUGGGAGAAAGAAUUUUGUGUAAUCCAUUGUAGUCGCAUAAUGCAAAUCCUGUAGCAUCAUCAUGCGCUGUAUGCAUCUUCACUCAUGCAUCAAGUCCAAAGAAAA